AUGUCAAUCGAUGGUAGUCGCGUUGGGAUCGCGAUCGCCGUCGGUGGAUUUGUUUGUUCGUCCUUGCCGCACGUUAUACUGGGGAUUUCUGGUGGGUUUUCGGCGGGCUUAGCGGGCAUUCUUUUGAAGAGCGGGGCUCAGGAGAUAGUGGACCCUUGGAUGCUGAAAGGGUCCACUAGCGCCCAUGUCUUCGUGCGGGCCCAGUACAUGAUUGGUUCUCAAGAGCAGUCCACUUUACUCAGAACGACGGGGGCAGUCCUCUUCAGAACCAAAGCGAACCACAAGAGUGGACUUAUGACGAAUGCCAAGCGCCCCACCUCUUAUCCGCUGUCGGGUUCGGUCCUGUCCCCCCACCAGUGGGCGCCGGAAAAGAAGGGAGAAUGGAUGCCUCGACGACCUCGUGUAAGUCGCGGCGUCCGGGUGCCCCUGACGGUGCAACGUCAGGCACAAGGAAAACCCGACGGCCGCAAGUUGGACGCUAACAAGAACAGUGGACAAUUCAACUCGGUUGACUACCUAGUACGGGCAAUGAUCGUGGCGAACCACAGCAGCAGCCAGGCUUACAAACCUAAGCCGGUGCUUUCAAUGGCUUCAGAUUUGUCUGCCGUCGCCAACAGGCCAAGUGUUGAAACCGAGAAGGGUUGCUUGCUGGGUCCGUUACGCAAACGGGCCGUAGCCGCGAGGACCGUCAUUGUCCGUGGAUACUGGCGACUUACAAAUGAACACCCCGGUCAGCAAGGAGACAAGCCACACCCGACACAUGCCUGCCAUUUGCGACCUCCUUCAACCUACCAGAACCGUCACUUAUUCGUGAAGGCCCACUCAAUAUGGACGAUCAACCUCAAUACUUGCCAUUUCUUGUUCAAGCAACGGGACCGGGAUGUUGAGUUCACUUGCACUUGGCCUUCUCCGUAUCUUGCACAGUACACCAGAGAAACUGAAGCGCAGGGAGAACAAGUGAGGGCCCUGCGUAACGAAGUAGGUAGGUAGGUACCUACGUAGCCAAA